AUGUCGGACGGGAAGCGUAAUGAUGACGAACGCGAAAAUCCGUCGGAUAUACGACAAAUUGCUACUGGAGAUCUCAAAUGUAAAACCGAAACCAUCACUUUACGAGAUUUAAGCAGUGUACGACGUGGCGAUGCUUGGAGUCGGCGGCGUCAAAGGAACCGUGAUGACGUCGUUACCCAGGAUGAACAAUCUCACCAUGAUGACCAAGCAACUCACGCUGUGGCAGAUGCUCAGAUGCCAGAUACUGACAAAUCUGUAGCCUUGCCAUCCGACUUAUCAAUAUUAGGUCCUUCUGAAAUCAGCUGUUUUGAAAACACGAUUCUAGACCCUAAAGUGGAUAUAGGAAGUAUACAAAACAAAGGAUCCGACAACAAUUAUGAUUUAUCGGCGUCCUCAGGCAGUCGCUCCAGUGGUAGUAAUGAAUUGUUUAUACCUGCGAAAGGAGGAGCAUUAGCACGUUCCCCGAAUGGACCACAGGACUGGAGGGCCAAUGCGGUGUCGACAAUACCAAAGGAUCCUGUUGUACCUUACGCCGAUGUACUGAAACGGAUUAGGUCAAACUAUAAAUUGAGGGAGUUGAGUGAAGAGGAUUAUGUGGGUUGUCUCGAAACGAUUAUAGAGCGCGAUUACUUUCCUGAUCUCGUGAAAUUGCGUAUAAAAAACCUGUUAAUGGAGGCAGAGAGUCGUGGUGAUACAGCCAGGGCGGAAUACUUGAGAGAAAAGCUAGAACAUCACGAUAAGGAUCAGGAGAUGAACGUGAAGUUGCGGACGGUAGGAAAUGAAGAUGUGUCUGUGAACAUUGGUAAAGGCGGUUUGAAGCUUGACCAAUUCAGCCGUAUAUUUACUUCUGAAGAUAAUCGUAGUUUUGGCCGUCUUAUGGAACAGUCCAUUGUCCGUAAUAACGAACUAAGCGGAUGGAUGGAGGAAGGAGAACGCAAACAUAAUAUGGCACUCGCCAAUACACAAUCUAAAACCAAUUUGGGUAUCACUGAUAAGAAUAUACAAUCUAACCGUUCGGUUAGUAGGAAUGCAUUAUUCUUCAAUCAGAACUCUGAGCCCGAUCGCAAUAAAGGUGGCACACCGUUCAUUCGUGCCACCAAUACAGCAAUGCCAUCUGACCACGACGAGCAUAUGGCAGCGCUUGAAUGCCGCCAAAAGGCGCGUAGAACAGAAAAGGUGAAGGACGCCUACCAUGGUAAAGUUAACGAUCUAAUUACGCAGUUCGGCUUGCGUGAGUGCAAGGAACUUGUUGAUGAGGAACAGAUGGAAAGGUAUGACUUCGUACAGACACCGUUAACAUCCGUUGGUGAGGUACGUGAAUAUAGCGUCCCUAAACCAAUAGCCAGAGAAGACCUGGCGGAACGACUGCGAAAAAAAUACCAAUCAAAAACGUCGGCGACACCCAUGGCGAAGACACCAAGCUGUCGCACUCCACUCCUCGUUCAGAAACUUAUCGCAAAGCACAAUAGCAUGGCUGAUCUGCAGCUACGGAGUUCUUACAAUAGCUCUAAAUACUCUAAGGGGUCUGUUAGGAGCGGUGUAAUUUUCAAAUCAUGA